GGUCUGGUAUUUAGUAACUUUGUUAUGUUUUGAUCGCUUCGCUGCUACUGCUCUGCCUGCUGGCUGUAGGCUAUAAUAGAUCUUGUGUCUUGUUGUGUGCCCCGUGGCCCGUGGAUGCCCAUAAUUUCGAUGUUAUUUCUGUAACCUGAACAAACUGGAGUGAAAAUAGACCUGCGUUUGACAGGUUGCAAAAGUUUUGCUCAAGUGGUAUUUGUAUUCUCUCCACACCAGUUGAUCAGCAUGUCUACGUCUACGUUAGAGUCAGAUCUUCGACAGCGGAGCUCGGGCCAAACUCAAACGACGAAAGAUCAGGAUGCUGAGGAAGAAAAGAGGCAGGCAGCGGCAGCGUCUGCCUCAGACAGCGACGACGAUGAUUUGCCAGUCAAGCCUUCAGUACCUACGACCCAAGGCUCGGACAAGACCACUGAUGCCUUGGAUAGUGCAUUGAAAGACUUGACACCAAGAUGGAGAAACUGGGUGAUCCGAGGUAUUUUCACCUGGGUGAUGAUUCUGUCCUUUGCCGUCCUCAUUUACCUAGGACCCCUGGCACUGGUCCUGGUGACUUUUGCCCUUCAAAUCAAAUGCUUCCACGAGAUCAUCACCAUCGGGUACAUCGUUUAUCGGUCCUACGACUUGCCGUGGUUCCGGACCCUGAGCUGGUACUUCCUGUUUGCCUCCAACUUUUUCUUCUUCGGGGAAAGCAUGAUCGGUUACUUUGGAGUGUUGCUGGCUCGCACAGAUUUCCUGCGUCCGUUUGUGACGUACCACAGGUUCGUGUCCUUCUCCCUGUACACGGCGGGGCUGGUGGGCUUUGUGUGCAGUCUGGUGAAGAAACACUACCUCAAGCAGUUCACCCUGUUUGGCUGGACACACGUCACGUUGUUGCUGGUUGUUGUCCAGUCUCACUUCAUUGUCCAGAAUGUUCUGGAAGGUCUUAUUUGGCUUCUUGUUCCAGUGUCGAUGAUCAUCUGCAAUGAUAUUAUGGCAUACAUCUUUGGAUUCUUCUUUGGAAGAACACCGCUGAUCAAACUUUCUCCAAAGAAAACUUGGGAGGGCUUCAUUGGAGGAGCUUUCUCUACCAUCAUUUUUGGUAUUAUGCUGUCGUAUUGCCUGCUGCAGUACGACUACUUUGUGUGCCCGGUGAGCUACAACGAGGCGACAGAGGGGCUGUCCAUGGACUGCGAGCGCUCCCACGUGUUCGUCAUCUCCGAGUACAGCCUCCCCGAGGCGGUGCAGACCUUUCGCAAAAUGUUUGGGUUCCAGAAGGCGACCGUUAGCUUGUAUCCCUUCAUCCUGCACUCCAUCUCCAUGUCCAUCUUCGCCUCCGUUAUCGGACCGUUCGGAGGCUUCUUUGCCAGUGGCUUCAAGAGGGCUUUCAAAAUCAAGGACUUUGGGGACACAAUUCCAGGGCAUGGUGGCAUCAUGGACCGCUUUGACUGUCAGUUUCUGAUGGCCACAUUUGUCCAUGUGUAUUACUCAAGUUUUGUCAAGGUGGCCAACCCCCAGAACAUUGUCCAGAGCGUGCUGAUGCUGCGACCGGACCAGCAGGUCCAGGUGUUCACCAUGCUGCGGGACAAGCUCAUUCUCCGCGGCCUCAUCGGGAACGGCACCACGUCUUCUGCCUAACCGCAGCAACUGUCUGUUUGUCUGUAUGACCAAAGAUCGUACGUAACAAGAUAGUUCACUCCUCAGUUUGAGCCAAUUAAAAAAGUGUCCUUCCUUAGAAUUUGGUGGCGUCCUCUUUGAAAAAGUGAGGACUUUGCUGCGAUCAGAGUUACCCUACAAUUAAAGUGGAACUUACAAACUGAGCUAUUCCUAUUCUUCUUCUGGAGAAACGAAAGAGAGCUUCAAAACAAAGACUGCAGCGCCGUCUGAAGCAAUGGGUGGACUUACGUGGACACUUGUUUUAGCCGAGUGAACUGUCUUGUUAUGUACGAUCUUUGGUAUGACUGGACGCGCCGCAGCUCAUUCGUGGUGUCACAACUCGGUGGAAUCAGGCGCUCGUCAAUCAUCAAUUUUUGUGGCGUGUGUGGAGUUGGUUGGAAGUGUCAUCUUAAUUAUUAAAGCUUGUUCAUUUGUUUUGCUUUUGAGGAAAUAAGAUAUACCCAUUUAUCUUGAUAUUGAUAUAUUUUUUAAAAGUUUGUUCAUUUGUCUUGCUUGUGAUGAAAGAAGUAUCUAUCUUGAACAGAAGUCAAGAUAUUUGUGAUUGAGGUAGGUGCAGGUCCUGGUAUCACAGGUAAGAAGGCCGCCUAAGCUUGAGUGUCCUUGGAAGCUGCAAAUUUACGUAUUUUCUGCACCUGAUCAACCUUUUUCUGUGAAAUCGACACAGAAAUAGUUUUUUAAUUUAAAAAGUGUUGAGCCAAAAAAAAGAAGAUAAAAAUUGAUGAAAAUGGCCUGAUGGGCGGAAGCAUGUCGAUAUCUUCGAUUUCAUUAUUUUGACGAGAGCCUGAUUUCACCAGGAUGCCACCCACUUGUAUAUUAGAGAUUAGCAGUUUUUAACUUAUUUAUAAUUCAGUUUUAAGUGUUGUCACCAGUAAUUUUUAUUGUGUAUGAUUGUUAUAUAUAUUGCAUUAAUCAUCACAUAAACUGUCUUAGCACCUUUAGAAGAAGAAGAAAAGAAAGGAAUUUGUAACCGGCUUUGCAUGCCUUUUUUCACUGCCAAGAGCGAAAUGCUCGCAGCUAAAGGGAUUUGAAAACAACAAGCAACAACAUGCAUGCCUUGGACUUUGUGAGAAGAUUUUACGAUACCCUCUGGUAUUAAACGCGGUCAUGGCUACCUUCAAGGCUUUGAAAAAUCUUCAGGAUUUUACUAAAAAAUACAAAUGCUAAUUAUAUUUCAUGAAUUGAAAAUUCGUUAUGCAUACUAAGCAUAUCAAUUUAUUCAUCUGUCAUUGAAAUAAUUACUGUUGCAACGCUAGGAAAUUAAACUUGUUCUUUUCUUCAAGCAUUGUUAGUAAAAUUUGGGGCAUUUCGCUUAUAAUUGAUCUCAAUUCUUUCUUGUACAUCCUUCAAUCUUAGACUGAUCUCACAGUAAGAGUAAGAGGGUAUGGUAUCAUUUCUGCUAAUGUGAUGAGUACUUGUAAAUGAAAUCAAAUGAAACAACAGAGACUUUUAAGGACUCUUCAGGAGAGUGGCUUAAGGUUUUUACACUUUAGGGCGGGAUUUGUUGCUCAUUCAGUGUUGAAUUAUAUCAUUCAGGGUCCGUACGGAUCUUGGAAGACUGAACAAAUUCUUGGAAUUUUGUUAUCAUUUUCCAAGGCAUGGAAAACUCUUGAAUUUUUUGGAAAAUUUGCAAAAUUCUUGGAAAAGUCUUGGCCUAAAGUAGACUCUUCAGUCAGUGGCACUACCCCGGGGGGUAGUUGAUCUCUAGAUUGUUCUUAGUAAAAAAAAAAAAUUAGUUGUUAGACCACCCUGUAUACCUUUCUCUCUCAACGUCUGAGGUUUCAUUCACGGUACUUUGUGUGGCAAAGUCCUGGUCACUGAAAAAAAAAAAAAUCUUUUACCGAGAAAUUCUAGAACUAGAAAGAGUAGAUCUAUGUAGUUUAAGAAUUAGAUUUUAAAAAGUAAAAGUGGGAGGUGUAGUCUGAGAUUAAAAAUUAAAAAAGGUGUGUGUACAUCAGUCCGCAGUUGUUGCGGCUUUUGGUUUCUGUACGUAAAACUUUCUUUGCUUUGAGCUGCUUGCAUAAUUGGAUUGUGGCAAAGCAUUUUUUUUAAAAAGGUGGAUUUCAUAUCUUCUCAGCCUUAGUAUCUUACUACAAUCAGUCCUGAAGGUGUUUUCAAUCUGCAUACUGCCUUGUUUGGUUACUAAAUUUCGUUUGGAUUGGACCAAAGCAUUUUAAAAAAGUGGAUCUGACAUCCUUUCAGCCUUAAAAGUCUAGAACCAGUCCAGACGUUGCUUUCUAUCAGUAUAUAUACCGCGUCGCUUAUUUUGACUGAAUAUAAUAUCAUGAACCAGAAGUGGAAUUAGAGAGGAUCCAUCUAUUUAUUUAUUUCCCCUCACAUAUUGAAUUGACUCCAUUGCUUUGUUAAACCAAAAGAAUUGUGUACUUCAAUUCUGUGAUGAACAAGUCUGAUGAUAACAAGAUUUCAAUGUUCUUUCUCAGUGUUAUUUGUUUUAGAUGAUGAUGAUGAUGAUGAUGAUGUCUGUAAUUUUUGGGAAUAUUGGAACAGUUGUGAUGACAUUGUAAUUCUGCGUUAUAUAUAAUAUCUCUCGUCUUGUAUUCUUUUGAUGUUGUUUUUUAUGCACAUGUCAUCAGUUGGCUAUUGCCACAAAACUUAGCCGGUGUUGUGUGUUUAAUUUUAUGUUUCAUGUCUUUUUUUGUCUUUUUUUCUAAACUAUUCAUGAAUGACGUUUGACAUGCUUUGCGGGGUAUAUCUGGUUGGACUGGUUCAUAAAGCCUAGAUGUUUCUAGGAAGGGAAAAUAAUUAAGUUAUCGAUAACUACUCAUAUAGUUUUGUCUCAUGAUCUCUCUGUCUUUUUAUUAACGUUUGCCAGGAAUGAGGUUUCAUGUAGAAGCCUAAAGCCUGGAUUUUGAAAGGACGUUUUGAUACAUUUUCACUCCUCUGCCUUUUGUUUCCUUUGGAUAUUUAUUUUCCUGAACUGUCCCACACUAUAGUUUUGUCUUACAAUUACCCGUUCCUUGGUGCUUAACUCUUUAACAUUGGGGAUUGCCUUGUUAGUGAGACAACUUCCUGGGUCUUCGGCAUUUUGUGGUAGGGUGGCCAUUUCCUUUCCACGCCGCCUUUACUUCCAGAACCUGAAGUCAGGUACCCAUUACUGCUGGGUGGGCAGGAGGGGGUGAAAAAAAUCCAUGUCCGAACCGAGGCUCGAACCCGGACUCUCGCUUCGGAGGCGAGCGCACUAACCACUCCGCCACCCCACCCUCUGGUGCUGUAUUAUCAAAGAAAUAAACAAUUUGAAACACUACGAGAAAGUUUUAAGUUUCUCAAUGGCUAGCAGCAUGGCCAACACUGAUGUAACAGAAGACUGCAUGCAAGUUAGGAGAUGAGAUAAGCUUUUGAUUACAAUAUUAAUAGUAAUUACAUAUUAUGUUCCUGUUGGGAAGGAAUUUAGUUUUUUCUUGCUUAAUCCGGUCUUUUGUUAAGUCCACAAUGUCAGAAAGCAUAAAGUUCCUGUGCCGUGUUUUCCGAGAAGUGGCUGUGGAGAGGGUGGACCAACAACCUCUUUCAGUUUGGAACUCGAGUUGUGGUUUUCAUUACAAAAUCAAUCACAAUUCCAAAAAGUACAGGUGAUAAUAUACAGCCUUGUCUAACACCAGAAUUUACUUCAAAAGGUGUAGAUGGUUCUCCUUCAACUCGGACACAGCAGCUUGCUUUGGUAUAGAAUGAUCUUAUAAACCGUUUCUUUUUUGUUGGGAUGCCAUAAAUUGCAAGAAUUUUCCGUAGGGCAUCUCAGUUUAUGCUGUCAAUGACUUUUAAAAAAGUUGUCAUGACGUGCAUUUUUCUUUUUCAGGACGAGUGCUGGUAUUGUAGAUAAUUACUGUGCUAUUGCUAUGGCCGUUUUCAUUUUCACUGCAUUUGAUAUUUUGUGUGGAUUUGAAAAACGCUGUAUUCCAAAUAGACGUAACUGUGACUUGUAUUUAUACAUGGCUCUUCCUAUUUGUGCAUUUAGUCAGUGUCAUUCCACAGUUGCCUAUGAAAGUCUGUCAUUUUUUAGGAGUUACGAGAAAAUCUGAAGACAAAGAUUGUGCUGAAAUUAGAGCCAUGACUUACGCACUCUUUCUUGAUUUUUCCAAUUUUAAAAAGUAGGUAGGAAAUAACGAAACUAUUUUGUAAGAUACCCCCGAGUGUCUUUAUUUGAAUAACAGCUUUAUCUGGACCCCCACCAACCCAACCCAAAUUGACGGAGGCCAUUUUGGAAUGAUGCUGACAAUUUCUGCCUGCAAUAUGUACCCAGUGUUCUUGUACCCCUGCCUUGUUGUUUCCACCUUAUCUUCUUGCCCAUGACCAAGAUCAGAACUGUUGUAUAUUGUGAGUAUCCAGCAAGGACUGUGAAUUUUUGUAGAAUCUAAUUUUUUUAGUAUUAUAUUCAAGCACUUUACCCACACAAAAAUGAUGUGCUCUUUCUUCUCACUACAGGAUGACUAUGUUCCAAAUCCUUGAGUCAUCUGAUUUCAUUUCUUCUCCCAAAAGCAUAGGUAUGUUCCAAAUUCUUUACUUCAAAAAAAAGAUUUUUGUCACUCUUAUACUCUUAAACUUUGUAAUUUAUCCUGGAACUGAGUAAACUAAACAGUGUAUUAAAGAUGCCCAAGUCAUGCCAAUAACAUUGUGGAUUUAGAAGUUCCAAAUACAGUAAAACCUCGGUAUAACGUACACGUCAUAAAACGUACUGUCGCCUAUAAGCUACACCGAAGUAUUCACUUUCUGAAGUCCCUUAUCCCAUUUAGCAUUUUUACUCUUUUUUCGGCUGUAACGUACAGCAGCUAAGAAGAAGUUGAAAGUCUUGGGUCCAAAGGGAAUACGUUGUAUGGAGGUUUUACUGUAUGCUCAUUUUCCUGUCCUGGUUUGUGGCAGUGCAAUCAAGCUGUGAACUGCUUCGUUGUACAUAGAUAUAUAUAUCUAUUCACCUCCUUGUCUUUGUUCUUCUUGAGCUGUUUGUUUGUGUCCUUCUGUCCAGAGGUGAAGAACAGAAAGUUUAAAGUCUUUUAUACAUCGUCGGCCUGCUGUUAAAAUGUACAAAGCUCAAAGUUUUGGAAUUUUAAAUUAUUUUUUUUAUUGCAGUUUCUCAUUGUUUGGUACUCUUAGUCUUACCAGUUCAUGUGUUCAACAAAUAUGAAAUCUUUUGUCAAAAUUCAAAUUCUGUGGAGAAAUAAGAAAUUUUUUGUCAAAAUUCAAAUUCUAUGGAGUAAUAAGAAAUCUUUUGUCAAAAUUCAAAUUCUAUGGAGAAAUAAGAAAUCUUUUGUCAAAAUUCAAAUUGUAAAUGUUGAAAAAAAAAGAAGCCAGGAAAAGUACAUAAUGCAGGUGUGCAGUACAAAUUUUAAUGUUAAAAGAAUGAAACAGGUUGGGUUUUUUUCUCUCUCCUAUAAAAUUUUCCUUUGUGGGUAAGGUACAUUUGAACAGCUUGUCCACUAUGAUGUGUGUGUCGAGUGUAAUGAUUGACUUAGAUGUUGUUUCUCGGCUAGUCAGUUCCUGAAGAUGCUAUUUCUAUAAAAAUGUAUACGAGUGUAUUUAUUUCGUAUAUAUAUAUUUAUAUCUAUAUGGAUACAUAAUACAAUGACUAUGUAUAUGACUGUUUGUCAGAUUUAUGGCAGUUAUUAAUUUUUUCCCUUCUGUGAAUUCUGAUCUUGUUGUUGGAACUGUUUGUCUUUGUAAGGUUUCAGAAUUUUUUAUUUUUUUAAAAACUUUGCUUUGGUGUAGGCUGCCUGAGAAGAUCAUAAUGGCAGGGAUGAUUAUUUUUUUUUCCUGCUAUGAUUAACUCUUUUUAGGUUGGGUUGUUUUUUUUGGUUUUUUUGGGGGGUGGUUGUUUUUUUCCCCUUAAAUCUUCUGCAUGUUUUUUUUCCCUCUGACUAACUUAUUUAUCUGAAAAGGGACGUUUUAACUUUGGCUGAGAGCUUUCUUUGUCUGAAGUUGGCUACUUCGACGGAUUUUAUUUCACAAAGCUUUUGGUGGUUUUUGGUUUGUUUAAACUUGAUUGUUUUGUGUGUAAUAAUUUUCAAAGUAGACUUAAGAAAUUUUUGUCGCCAAUAUUUUCUGGGACACUUAAUUAAUAAAUGUUGCUGUCUAUCAUCUGGGAAGAUUUUAAAUAGGAUGAUUUUAAUAGUCUUUUUAAAAUUCUUUUAUGUCUGUAACUAACAACAGCACUUAUUUUUGCCAUGAGUUUGUCUUUCACUCCAAUUGUCAUAUCAUUUUCUUUCCGUUAUAUUUAAAAGAAAAAAAUAGAAUCAAAACUUGAUUUGAAAAUAUGCAGACUCUGUCCUCAUUGCUUGUUGCUUGUUUUGGGCAUUGUUGUGACUUUGUUGAGAUGAAUGUCAUUUUUUUGGAAGCUUUUGUUGUUUUUUUUUGUUUCUCUAUUUUAGAUUACUCUUUUGUACUCGAUUUCGAUUGCCAAUUUUAUGUUGAACGCAACCACAAUUAUGAUCUGUGUACUAUGUGAAUAUUUGUCCUCAAAUAUUACGACUUUCAGACGUCCAUGAAUGUGUAUGUUUUUUUAAUUACCUCUGUGAGAAAAAAAAUGGCUACUCAUUUUUUUUAUUCAUGUAAAAAAUAUGGUACAUGAAUGAUGAAAAAAAAUGUGAUGAGCUGAUAUAAUAUAUAUAUACGAAGCAGCUUUCUUUUCUUUGUUUUACACAUUAGAAUGCACCAGGAACAUACGUGCUGCUUUGUUGCUCAAGCCAUUCCGUGUUUUUUUGUUUUUGUUUUUGUUGUUGCUUUUUGUGUAUGUUUUGUUUUGCUUUUGAGGAAGACUUUGGCUUCGCUCUUGGUAUGGUUCGUAAAGUAAAGCACGGUUUUGUAUUGACUGGCCAUUUUUUUUUUUUAAAGGUUCUGAAGAAUAGAUGUGUUACAAUAGAGUAACUUACACAAAAAA